AUGGACAUGAUGUCUCUUCUCAAUGCAACAGAGUCCAGAUUCUCCACCUUCCUAGUGACAGGAAUCCCUGGACUAGAGGCCAUGCAUAUGUGGCUCUCUAUUCCCUUUAGUGCCAUGUUCCUACUGACCCUGACAGGCAACAUCACCAUCAUGUUGGUUAUCUGGACUGAGAGGAGCCUCCAUGUUCCUAUGUACCUCUUCCUGGCAAUGUUGGCAGCUUCAGACCUAGGUUUGUCUAUCUCCACAUUCCCCACUAUGCUCAGGAUCUUCUGGCUGGAGGCCCGGGAAAUGAGCUUCCCUUCCUGUUUCAUCCAGAUGUUCUUCAUCCACACCUUCCAGGAUUUUGAGUCAGCUGUCAUUCUGGCUAUGGCCUUUGACCGUGUUGUGGCCAUUUCCAAACCCUUGCAUUAUGCCUCCAUCCUUACCAGUCGGGUAAUCUUGAAGAUUGGGCUGGCCAUUUUGAUACGAACAGUUGCAGUGCAAGUCCCCCUUCCCAUCUUGCUGAGGAGGCUAAGCUUCUGUCGUUCUAAUGUGCUAUCCCACUCCUACUGCCUACAUCCAGACAUUAUCAAACUCUCCUGCUCAAAUACCAGGAUAAACAGCAUCUUUGGCUUAUUUGUUGUCCUUUCCACCAUGGGCCUCGACUUCCUUCUCAUUCUCCUCUCUUAUGUCCUAAUUCUAAAGACCGUGCUAUGCAUUGCAUCCCAUGGGGGUCGCCUCAAGGCCCUCAAUACCUGCAUCUCCCAUCUCUGUGCUGUGAUUCUUUUCUUCACUCCCAUGAUCUGCCUGUCCAUGCUGCACAGGUUUGGACCAAAGCUUCCUUCCCAUGUGUAUGUGCUCAUGGCUAACAUGCACUUCCUCAUUCCCCCUGUGAUGAACCCCAUUGUCUAUGUGGUGAAGACCAAGCAAAUUCGGGAUAGGAUCAUUAGGGUCUUUCACAGCAAGGGACCAGAAGAGUCCUAA